AUGAUCCACAACCAUCUAAGAUGUUCCAUAAGACGCACCCACCAAGACCAUCAUCCGUACCGAACUAAGAAGGGAUUCUCCAGGCGACUCCAUGCGGCUAGCAACAACAUGGACAAAAGCUCCAGCGAUGAUGACACUACAAUACGAUCAAAUGGCGAUGACAAUGAUACAACAAUAACUGAUGAAUUUCCAUCUUGGCUCAAUGAAGUCGAUGUCCAAACCAACCAACGAACACCCCUCCAAUACGACCCAACAGAAGAACGUUUUAUAGCAAUCGAACCCACCCAUCAAAUUCAACGAAAACGCAUCACUGUCAUGUCCUUACUAAAACCAAUGUUGUCAUCAGCAUUUAUUCCGGAAGGUGUCAAUGAAUCUUAUUUUCAAUACAUGCGAUGGCGCUGUUUGCAACGUUUUGUCAAUGCCAAUUUGCACGUGAUUGGAACGCAAUCCCUAUUGUUAGGAUUGGGCAUCAAAUCCUCUUCCAAAUUGGGCGUCAGUGCCGCCUUGAAUUGGGUACUCAAAGAUGCCCUGGGCAAAAUGGCACGCAUGCUGUGGGCCUCGCAAAUGGGACGCCGAUUUGAUUCGGAUGCCAAACGGUGGAGGUUCCGAGCCAGCCUUUUGUUUGCCGUGGGCAACUUUUUGGAAAUUUUGACGUACAUGAUGCCGCAAUUGUUUCUACUGUGGGCCACCUUGGCCAAUUGCUGCAAACAGAUUGCCAUGCUGACAAGUUCGUCGACACGAACCUCGUUGUACAAUUCCUUUCGGGAUGGGACCCGCGAGAAUAUUGGGGAUAUCACGGCCAAGGGGGAAGCGCAGAUUGCCAUUGUGGACUUGAUGGGAAUUGCGAGCGGAGUCUUUCUUGCCAAAAGCGUCGUGGGGACGGCCGUGUCCAGUGUGGUCUUGACCUAUCUAGGGCUCCAAUUUAUGGAAAUAUUUUCCAUGUAUCAUGAGAUUCGGUCGGUCCAAUUCAGAGUCUUGAAUUUUGAACGAUUGGAACAAAUCAUUCGGAACUUUGUGCGAGCUCAGCCAGAGUCGUUCCUCGUACCAUCUUUGCCUACUGCUCCUGCAAAGAUCAAGGUGAAUGGUGGAGCCAGCGGAGCAAUUACGAUGAAACAUGAAAAGAAGUCGUCCAAUAAGGCAGAGGCGGUGGAAUCGUCCGUGCCCACACCCGAAGCCAUUAGCAACAACGAACGAAUCUUUUGGCCUCCCAAACACUUGUCCCGCCGUGCCUUGGCCUUUGGUUCUCUUGGACGGGCCAAGCUGUCUGGUCAAGAAUUGGAACGACUCUUGCAAAUAUUUGAAAGCGAACGAUUCUUACUUGUCAUUGGACCCAACAUGAAAAAGCCAAAACUCCGAUCCUUGUUCUUUUCCAAACCUUCCAUUCAAGAAUAUUGUCAUAUUGUACUACAUGAAGAUGCCUCCAAUGCGGAUAUUGUCAAGAGUACACUGGCAUUGACGAUACUCCGUGAGAAACUCCUCUUGCUCCAAUCCAAACGCUCGCAAGACGACGACGACGAAUCGUCGUGUUGGGAAGAUGAGAUACGAUCCCAACAAUGCUGGGACAUUUUGGAAGCUACCCAAAGAGAAUGCAAACAGCUCUUUCCCCAAUUCUUGCGAGAGCUGAGUAGUCGAAAGUGGUCCCCUCCCUCACGAUUCAUGUUUGGGAGGGUGAAGAAACGAGCUCAGUGGCCAUUGAAACCAAUGGCCAAGCCGUUAUCAUCAUCAUCAUCAUCAUCAUCGUCAUAA